UGGUGUAUUUUUGUCUGGUCUUGUGACGUUCUCGUUAUCCUUACAAAUUGGAUUGUUAUCCAGAACGAAAUUGUUCUAGUUUUUAAGUUCACUCGACACUUUUGCAAUGGCGAUUUCUCUCCCCACCGCUCAUGUCUCUCCCCCUAAGUCGUGUUUCUCCUUUUCAUCCUCGUCGAAGCUAUCUUCUCAUUCAUCCCUGCGCUUCGGAAUCCGCCACGAAAGAGUUAACUCGCGGUCGUCGUCUCGCUGCGCCUGCGCCCCACUCACUGUUAGAGCAAAGAAGCAAACCUUCAACUCUUUUGAUGAUUUAUUGCUCAACUCUGACAAACCUUUACUAGUAGACUUCUAUGCCACAUGGUGUGGUCCAUGCCAGCUUAUGGUACCUAUACUUAAUGAAGUAAGUGAAACUCUGAGAGAUAAGAUUGCAGUGGUGAAAAUUGAUACUGAAAAGUACCCAAGUCUUGCUAACAAAUACCAGGUUGAGGCUUUACCUACAUUCAUCUUAUUCAAAGACGGGAAACUCUGGGACCGUUUUGAGGGAGCCUUGCAAGCUAACCAACUCGUUGAACGGAUCGAGACUUCUUUACAAGCGAAGCAAUAGAUGAACAAACAGUCCGUUGUGACAACACGUUCAUUAUUGAUUGACAAAUUUCUUUUCAAUAUAUGGCAUCAGCCAUUUUUCUUUUCUGAGUGACAAAUUUCUCAUGAUAUUUGGCUACUUUUCCGUCGCAACUCUAUACAGCUUGUUGAAAUUUGCAACUACGCCUGCUUAUUCCAGCACAGCAAAAACAUUUGUGAAGCUUGGAUGUAUGAUGUAAUGUAGAUUGGAAUAUUGAUAUUGGAGUACUCGGUAUAGCUUUGAAUUCGUUCA